AUGAAUCUGUUACUUUCCGAUGAUUAUCUUCUUCAGGAUUACCCCGAAAAUAUUACCAAUACAAUCCGGUCGGGGCAUUCGACAUGCGUCCGAUUCAACCGAAGAGGCGACUUUCUUGCCUCAGGGCGCGUUGAUGGCACCGUUGUCAUCUGGGACUUGGAGACGAUGGGCGUGGCUCGUAAACUGAGAGGCCAUUCAAAAAAUAUCACAUCUUUAAGUUGGUCUCGGUGCGGGCGUUAUCUGCUCUCAGCGUGCCAAGGGUGGAAAGCCAUACUCUGGGAUCUUCAGGAUGGUAAACGCCUUCGCGAGGUUCGCUUUCGCGCCCCGGUCUAUGGGGCCGAGCUGCACCCCUGGAAUCACCUCGAGUUUGCUGCAGCUCUCUUCGAGGACCAACCGAUGCUUAUCGACAUCGCCGACCCCGCCGACGUCCGGUACAUCCUACCCUCCGUACAGAAACGACCCAACACAGAAACCGACGCGAACUUGAGAGAGAAGCAGGCGAAGGAAGAUGCUAAGCACAUGACGACGGCCAUUGUUUACACUGCGACCGGUGAUCAUCUUUUGGCUGGGACGACAAAAGGUCGCCUCAACAUCCUUGAUGCUCGAACGAGAGAGAUUAUCUACUCUGAGAAGAUAGCCAGUGGUAUCAUCACAACGCUACGAUUGACCGAGUCUGGCAAGGAGCUGCUUGUCAAUGCUCAGGAUCGGAUAAUACGGACCUUCAUUGUCCCCAAUCUCUCCGCCGUAGACCUCGAUCCGGACACGAUACAAAUACCCCUCGAGCAUAAGUUUCAGGAUGUAGUCAACAGAUUGUCAUGGAACCACGUCGCGUUUAGCUCCACCGGGGAGUACGUAGCAGCGUCGACCUAUAACAACCAUGAACUAUACAUCUGGGAACGGGGGCAUGGUAGCUUGGUGCGUAUGUUGGAAGGCCCGAAAGAGGAACAGGGGGUCAUCGAAUGGCACCCACACCGCGCUCUACUUGCGGCGUGUGGUUUGGAAACUGGUCGGAUCAAUAUUUGGUCCGUCACCAGUCCGCAGCGAUGGUCAGCUCUGGCGCCCGACUUUGUUGAAGUGGAGGAGAACGUGGAGUACAUAGAAAAGGAAGACGAGUUUGACAUCCACCCUCAUGAGGAGAUACAAAAGCGGCGGCUUGAUCAAGAAGAUGAGGACGUCGAUGUCCUGACUGUGGCAGAUGGGGGCGGGCUGGGAAGUGACGUGGGGGCUUUUCGGAUGCCUAUAUUGUUUAAUCUGGGAGAGUCAGACAGCGAGGAAGAAUUUGUGAACGUAGGGCUUGGGACACUGCGAAGGAAGAGUCCCGGGGACCAGGAUGAAGGUGACAUGACCGGCGAAGAAAAGGGCCUUGGAAAAAAAACAAGCGGGGCAGGCCGAGGACGUGGGAGAAGAAAAUAA